CAGAUGCUUGGAUGGAGCAGCCUCGUGGCCUGCCGCUGCCAUGAAGCCCUCUUCACCCUCGCAGGUGCCCCAGAACUACCACCAGGACGCGGAGGCCGCCACACACCGCCAGAGCAACCUGGAGCUCCACCGCUCCUCCAUCUACCUGGCUGUGUGUUACGACUUUGACUUCGCCCUAAAAAUGGCCGAGUACUUUCUCCACCCAUCUCACAAGGAGAGUUUGCGCACCGAGAAGCUGACGGAGCUGCAGAACCAGCGCGGUGGCCACAUCUUCCUUCAAGACAUCAAGAAACCAGACUUUGACGACUGGGAGAGCAGGCUGAACGCGGUGGAGUGCGCCUUGCACCUGGAGAAGAGCGUGCACCAGUCACUCCUGGAGCUGCACAAGCUAGCCACUGACGAGAAUGACCCCCACCUGUGUGACUUUGUCGAGCUUCACUACCUGGACAAGCAGGUGAAGCUCAUCAAACAGCUGGGUGACCACGUGACCAACCUGCCCAAGAUGGGGCUCCCCCAAGUCCAGCAUGGCAGAGCAUCUCUUUGA